UGUGUUCACUAAAUUUAUUUUUUGUUUUUUUUUUAAAACAUUUUUUAAAGGCAACAGUGAAAGAAAUCAAAUUUCUAAAAUUAGAAUAAUUUGCUGCGUUUUGUUAAAGUAAUAAUUAUAAUAACAUUUGAUGGCUGGGCCAUUCAUAUCGCCGCUGCCGGGCGAUCUGCUCACGGAGUACAUGUUCGGCCGGAGGCGGCAGCGCCGCAAUCGCACCACGUUCACGCCACAGCAGCUGCAGGAACUGGAGGCGCUCUUCCAGAAGACACACUAUCCGGAUGUCUUUCUGCGCGAGGAGGUCGCGCUGCGCAUCAGCCUCAGCGAGGCGCGCGUCCAGGUUUGGUUUCAAAAUCGUCGCGCCAAGUGGCGUAAACAGGCGCGCCUCCAGCUGCUGCAGGACGCCUGGCGGAUGCGCUGCCUCAGCCUGGGCACGCCGCCAGUCAUAGCCGGCGGCGGCUCAAAUAGGCCGAGCAACGGAACAGCGGCCAAUGGUAACAAUCAAAUGCCAGAGAACUUAUCGGCGGGCGGUACAGCAGGCGGCAAGGAUGCCAUGAUCAAUGAUGUCGGCGUCAACGAUGUGCCACUGGCCAGUGGACAAGGCGCCAGCAAUUUUACAAUGAUGCAUCCGGCAUUCCAACAGCAGCAACAGCAGCCAACGCAUUCACAGACCGAGCACGAUAAGCUAUCGAAAACCUACACGGAACUGAAGCUGUACAAGGAGCCGACUGCGCAUGGUGUUUCCCAACUGGAUCUGGGCGGCAUGUCGGCCCUCGGCCCUGCCUCCGAUGAGGGCUCUGAUGGCUCCGAUUCCGAGGAGAUAGAUCUCACCUCGGGUGCCUGCAUAGAUUUCUCACAGAGCAGCAAAUUGCAACAGCAGCAACAACAGCAGCAGCAACAACAACAACAACAACAACAGCAGCAGCAGCAGGCGGCAGCUUUGGCGGCGAUACAGCCACAGCAGACCUCGAAUGGGGUGCAUUAGACCUGAAAGUGUAUAUAAAGAGCAAUGAUUUAUGCAUGUAAUAUUAAACUGCAUUUCAGUUAAUAUACUCCCUCUUUUUUUUUUUGUAUUAGAAAUUAAAGACACAAUUAAAAACUUAAACAUAGUCGAAAGUUUAAUGUAUUCGUUUUUAUCUUGGAGUUCAAAUGUGCGCCUUACAUUUUGAAUCGCGAGUCGAUUGUCGAUUUCUUAUCGAAAGCCGAUAAACUGUAUAACGAUAAAUUGUAUAACGGCUGCUGCUAAGUUAACAUACCUUAUGUUAAGCCUCUGUUCGGCUGUUGUGGGGAGACAUGAUAACAUAUUAUCUUAGGUCAAAUUUCAUCAGUAUUACCGCAACUUUACCGAUUAAAACCGCACAACACAACAACAAAUUUAUGUCAGAAAUGAAUAUGAUGAGUCAAUCGAAAGAAAAGUCAAGAAGAGCGUUCCCCUAUUUGAACUUACAUACGAACUACUUAACGCACAAUUGCUUAAGGGAAAUUAUGAUAUUCAUUGUGAAUGUUAGAGUUCGACAUAAAAGCUGAAAUUUUCUAGUCGAUUAAAACAUAAUCACAAUUGAUAUGUUAUUUAUGUUUUGUGCGCUGCAAAGACCGUUAGAUGUCUUUAGUCGGCUGUAAAAUUAAUCGAUACGUGCUGUAAAAUGCAACAGUCUGCUGUUAAAUACAGUUUUUGUUUCUGUUAUGAUCGCCAACAGAUAUUUUGAAUUAUUUUAAAAAGCAUAUUACUAUAAAUUAUAGUUGAAAUGUUUUAAUACGCAUAACUACGUAUGUACACAGUGUCUAAUGCCACCAAAGUUAUCAAUCGCAGAAAUCAGAAUUCAUGUUUGAGGAGGUUCGUAGCAUAUCUAGGGAGAGUAGAAUAAAAGAGGUGGAAAACUUGGUAAACUUCGAUGGUCGAAAAUCAAAGAUGAACGGCGACGAAUAGGAAGAUAAUGAGACCUUGCCAAUGUUGCCGAUUUGGAAAAGAUAGAAAUUGAUAUUGAAAAUAAAGGUGCAAAAUAUUAAUCAUGCUUUAUCAUUAUUAUUAAUAAUACUACCUACCGUAAUUCUCCGUUUUUUGAAAUCCAGAGACUCCCUUGAGGCCAGAGACAAGUUUCAAUUUUCUUUUAGCCCACAAUUUGAAUAUCAAUGUUAAGUUGUUUUUAUUUGUUGUUUAAUAAGUAAAAUCAUUUAUCAACAUAUGUAUAACUGAAUGUAGUUCUCUCCUCGCUUAUUGCUCAAUUUUCACUUAAUUGUCUAAUACAUAAAUAAUUUAAGAUUUACUUAACUAUAAAUUGUUGCAAUCGUAGCCGAUAUUGCAGGACUCUUCGCAUAAAACAAGACACAUUUUAAAAUGCAAAUAAAAAAUACUUUUGGAUAAUUUCAAUUAAUCAGUUGAAUCGAAACAAAACUUUACAAUUGUCUAAUUGUCUAGCAAAACAGUUUAGCAAAUUGUUGACAAUAAUUUACAUUUUACAUAUAAUUUAAUUGAAUUUAGUUUCGUUCAAAUAUUAACACAGGGCAAAUGAAAAACCGAAUAUCAUGUUACACGUAAAACAAUACACACAGAAAAAGUUAACCACAAAUUUGUUGGGCCUUUUUGUUUAGUAGUCAUUCGUUUAGCAAAAAAAAAAAAAAAAAAA